AUGGCACGCUGGCGCACGACGGUUUCGAUCGACGCCAAGGCCGCCCGCGGCAUCGCGGCCCACGUCGCGACGCUGCAGACCGACCGCGGUCCGGCUGGCGCGCACGCCGCGUGCGCCCUCGUGAAGCUCGCGUACGCGUCGCCGCACCACCGCAGCAAGAUUAUCCAAGCGGGCGCUCUCAAGCCCCUCGUCGAGGUGCUGCGCGACGGCGCUGAAAGUGGCGGCGGCCCGGGCUUCUCGGCCGUCGGGGCCGCCUGUCAAGUGGUGGGCGUCCUCGCUCACGACCCCGGGAUGGCCGAGAUCAUCGUCGCCGCGGGCGCGUCCGAGCCGCUCGUCGCGCUACUCAGCACGGAGGCGGCGGCCGCGGCGGCGACGGCGAUCCAGACCCUCGUCACGAACGGCGCCGACGCGUUCGCGCCGGCGCGCGCGCCGCUGCAGCUCCUCCUGGCCGACGGCGAUGACCGCGCGAGAUGCGCGGCGGGAAGCGCCCUGACGGCGCUCGGCGCGUCCAAGGUGCGCCUCGAGUCCCUCGAGGACGUCGAGUCGCGGUUCUUCCGCAUCGUGACGCCCUCCUAGUCCCCGAUUACCUGUGCCCUAAGUUUUCCACCUGUCGCGACGUUUGCUCGGCGACGCGGUGUCUCCUCCCCAGGCCACGUGCCCUAGCAUCGUAGCAGACACGACGGCAAGGGGUGGGGCAUGGUCCUAC